CAUCGUAACUAUUCGGUUCGUGCGCCCAGUUAGUAAAUCGAGACCGACCGGCCGGCCAUCCGACGCCACUUUGUUCCGUGAACAGUGGUUAGGAGAAUGAGGUACCUCAAAAGCCCUCUGCACACCACAGCCAUCAAGUAGCUAGCCGUCGCUCUCAUUCUAUCCAUCCGUCUCAGAAAUCCUCAGUGCCCACGAUGGCAGACGCAGCCCCGCAGGAAUGGCCGAACCAUGCUGUGAAGAUUCUGGUACCCUCUUACGCUCUCAUGAUCCUCAGUACUGGAUUCGUUGUCUGGAGAAUUGUGUACGGAGUUAUGCAAUCGCGCAAGUUCAUGGCAUGCGAUUACAUGCUGAUCAUCGCCACUGCACUUAACAUCGCAGCAACAGCGCUCACCCAGGUCGUCGUAGACGCCGGACAGGGACGCCAUCUCUUGGACCCCUCUGUUAUUCCACACAUUUUGCGAUACGCAUACUAUCUAUGGAUUUCGCAAAUCGUCAACAUCAUCGCCGUUGCGUUCCUCAAGUGGUCUAUCUGCGCAUGGCUUCUCAUGCUCAACUUUUCCAAGCUCUACCGCGCUAUCAUUUGGCUUUCGAUCCUCAUGGUCACUGCUUUCAACUUCCUGGCGCCGGUUCUGACGCUGUUUGGUUGCACACCUCUCGAGCAGAACUGGAACCGCGGCUACAAAGGACCACACAAGUGCUGGGCCAAGGGCACCCUGGCUCUUUCAUACACGCAAGGUGCCUCCAACAUUAUCACCGACGUUGUGUAUAUGGCUGCGCCACUCAUCUAUCUUUCGAGGGUACAAUUGACAAGGAAAACGCAAUGGGGCCUCCGCGUAGUAUUCCUUCUUAGUAUUCCAGCGACUAUAUGUUCCAUAUUCAAGACCAUUGAACUCAAAGCUAUUACGAAGACUCGUGAUCCAAGCUGGGACGGCAUCAACCUGGGCAUCUGGAGUGCAACCGAACUAUCAAUUGGCAUUUUUAUCGCUUCCCUCCCGCCUCUCCGCAAACCCUUUGACAAUUUGUUCAAGAUGUUCCUCCCCGCAUCCAUGACGAAGUCGAAAACACCUCAGUACGGAUACGGAACAGAAGGAAACAUCAAGAUGAACACCUUCAACAGCAGGGCGUAUCACAGUCGCAUUCCAGGCGAAUCAGUUCUUGAUGGAGAUGACGAAAGCGAUCGCGCCAUACUAGAGGAGGAAGAGGGCAAAGGGGCCGGUAUUAUGAAGACGACACAAGUCACGGUGGUGGAGCAAAGCGGAGCUUCGACUUCUAGUCAAAAAGAGCUGCAGCCAUACAAGCAGAGCAAUGACUGGUCAUCGUCGCCUAGCCCGGGGCCAGGCGACCAUCAUGCCCGGUAGAUUGGCUGAGUGGUGUUGAUGAAUUUAGCCAUGAAGCGAACGAAAGGAUCUCAUGAUGUUAAAUUGCUUUCUCCUUUUUGUCAAGAUACCCUGUUCCUUUUCUUAUGUUACAUAGUGUUGCUAUAAAAUAAUAAAUCAAGAAUCUUCGUCUCUCCAAC